UUCUGAAAGCUGUGUUUAGCGUGCUGUUCCUGCACUGCCAGCUGUGCGGGUUUGGGCUUCAGAGGAGCGUGCGUUGCCACCUCUCCCUUCUGGCUGGACUAAGAAGCUGCACCGGUUUUGCGGUUCCUGCUGCAUCGGCAGAAUCCGAUGGCGGUGGCCACUUGGAGCAACCUGGCUCAGCAGGACUUUGUGACUUUUGAGGAUGUGGCCAUCUUCUUCUCCAAGGAAGAGUGGAGGCUCCUUGAUGAGGCUCAGAGGCAGCUGUAUCUUCAUGUGAUGCUAGAGAACUUUGCACUUGUAACUUCAUUGGAUUGCUGGCAAGGAAUGGAGAACGGAAAGCUACCUUUUGAUCAGGUUUCUGUAGAAGGAUUGUCACUGGUCAGGACCCCAAAAGCAAGUCCAGCUAACCAAGAGUCUCACCCAUGUGAUAUAUAUUUGCCAGUCUUGAAAGGCAUGUUGCACCUGGUUCAUCAACUUAGGCAGAAAUCAAACCUUUCCCAGGAACAGAAUCAUCCCAACACAGAAAAUACCUUGAAAAGAAACUCAUAUAUGGCCUCACUGGUGAAGAAUUGCAGAAUCCGUGGGUCACAAAAGACCUUUCCCUCUGCAGAAGUUAGAAACAACUUCCCAGAUGCAUUGGAAAUUAUCCCUCUACAGACCAUUCCCAUUUGUGAGCAACCAAACCUAAUCACUGAAUGUGGAAAGGGCUUUCAAACUAGAAUAGGAUAUUCCAAGCAGAGUGAACACAGAGACGCCUCUAACCUUAAACACACUCAGGAUCACCACCCAAGAUCCAAUGCUGGAAAAAGACUUUCUGAGUCUACUAAAUGUGGGAAAGUCCACCACCAUAAAAGCUCUUUUACUCAUCCCAACGGAGUCCCUGGUAGAGAAAAGUCUUACAAAUGCAAUGAAUGUGGAAAGUCUUUUAGACAGACCUCCCACCUAAAUAACCACCUCAGAAUUCACACAGGUGAAAAGCCUUAUGAGUGUGGUGAAUGUGGGAAAUCAUUUACCCAAAGAGAUACCCUCAUUAAACAUUAUAGAGUUCAUACAGGAGAAAAACCCUACGUGUGUGAUGAAUGUGGAAAAUCCUUUAGGCAAAUUUCCAACCUUACUGAACACCACCGAAUCCACACUGGAGAAAGACCCUAUGAGUGUGUUGAAUGUGGGAAAUCCUUCGGAUGCAAAUCAACUCUUGUUCGGCACCAGAGAAUUCAUGCAGCUGAAAAGCGUUAUGAAUGUGAUGAAUGUGGGAAAUUCUUCACACACAGCCAUAGUCUGCUUGAACACCAGAGGAUUCACACUGGAGCAAGGCCUUAUGGGUGUGAUGAGAAUGAGAAAUCUUUUAGCCAAAGAGACACUUCCAACAAACACCACAAAACUCACACUGCAGAAAAGCCUCAUGUGUGCAGCUGUUGUGGGAAAGCAUUCAUUUAUAAAUCUAAGCUUGUUCGACACCAGAGAUCUCACACUGGAGAGAAGCCAUUUGAGUGCAAAGAAUGUGGGAAGUUUUUUCAAGAAAGCAAUGGUCUUAUGCAACACCAGAAACUUCAUACUGGAUUAAAGCCUUUUAAGUGUGGCCAGUGUGGACCCCUUUGUCCAGCGAUAGGGGAUGAAGAAUAUGAAGGAGCGGUUCUAGAAGUAGCAUUCAUUGCACACUGGGCGCUGGCGGCGACAGCUUUGCCCAAGUCCCGGUCCCCGUCACCCUGCCAUCUGCGCUCGCCUUAGUUGGAUGACUGUGCCCACGUUCAUGCACCAGGCUUAGGUAUCCAUUACUGAAGAAGUGGAUAUGGCCCUCAUGCAGGUGAGGAGAGUGUGUCAGACUGUCACUACUCAUGACCUUGUCCCGGGCCAAAGAACACUUAACAAACCCAAGCACAGGGUCCUCAUUCAAUAUUGGGAGUUCUUUGAAGUAGUUCCUAAUGGUAACAGACAACAGAAUGAGGUUGACUCAAGCACUGGAAUGUGUAAAUGUUUGGAGAUGAGUCUGACAUCAUGCACAGAUUCACCCCAAGUGUUUUCUUCUGUGGGAAUGAAAGGAAGCACGUUAGGAUUCAGACCUAGAAUGAAUUGAGAUCUAGGUAUCUGUUUUGGAGUGAUGAGAACAAUGGGACACUUAAAAAAGGAAAGAGGAGGGAGCUGACCUAAUGUUCGUCCUAUCAGUCUCCAUGUCCCUGUGUCAUGGAGAACCCAGUUGUGAGGGAGGCGGUAAGAAACCUUUGGAGGAUGCUGCUCUAAUAAUCCAGGUGAGUGUUAACAGUGACUAGAGCAGGGUGAAAGUAGAGGAGGUGGUAGCAGUCUACAUUAGUUUUGUAAUUAGUGCUGCUUAGGGUCUCAGCUUUUAAAGAGGGGAAUUUAGUACUCAAAUAUUGGUACAGCCUCCAGGAUAGUGGUUCUCAACCUUCCUAAUGCUGUGAUCGAUGAAUACAGUUCCUCAUGGUGUAGUAACUCCCAACUAUAAAGUUAUCUUCGUGGCUACUUCCUAAGUGUAAUUUUGUUACUGUUAUGAAUCAUAGAUCAGAACUACAUGUUUUCUGAUGGUCUUAGGCAACCCCUGCACAAGGGUUGUUAAGCCCCCUCAAAGGGGUCAAAGUCCACAAGUUGAGAACUGCUGCUCUAAGAGUUUCAGAUCGAGAAGGGUGGAAACUCCAUCAAAUGCAGGUUCAUUUUCAUUGAGCAUAUUUUUUAAUCAUUUUUAGCUACUUCUAAGUUAUUUCAAAGACCAGUGAAGGAACACAUCAUAUGGGUGGGUGGCCUUCUAUGUCUGGAAUCUGGGAAGUGGCUUGAGUGGAUACAUCUUAAAAAAUGCUGGUCAGUAUUUAGCCCAAACAUGUAGCUGUGCACUGUAAUCAGGAGUAGUUCUAUUUCUCACAGUAGUACUAAUGAUAGCUACUCAGGAAAGGUGGGGCUAUGACUGAGUCUUGGGGACCUAGGUAGAAGUGAUAGGCAUUAGAAACACAAUUGUGAGAGAAGUAGACAGAGAAGUAGAGAUAGAUGACAUGAGGAAGAGUAUGAUCAAAGUUUCUAAGGCAUGGGGCAAUAAGGCAGUCACAGUGCCAGCAAUACUAAGAGGGUGGCCCAAGGCCAGGACUGAAAGGUUUCAUCUCCUCAAAAUUCUGUUGGUGAAUUCUAACUUGUGUGGCCUUUGAGAGGUAAUUAGAUUAUGAGGAUAGGUCCUUUUUAUGUGGGAUUAGUGGGUGCCCUUGCAACAGCAUGCCAGGAAACUAGCUUGUGCUUUUCCCACCAUUUGAGAAUACCAAUGGAAAUCAGUGGUCUAUCACCAUGGAACAGGAUCUUCACCAGAAACUGCCAAUAAUGGCUCCUUGACAUCAGACUUAAAGCCUUCAGAUCUAUGAGAAAUACAUGUCUGUUUAUUAGCCACCCAGUGGAUGGUCUGUUGUUAAAGUACCCAAACUAAGACUCCAAAAGUAGUGACUAUUCUUUAUGCUAUAGGCUUACUGAAACUUUCUUGUGUAUAUGUCUACAGUAUUUCAUGCAGGCAGAUGGGUAAUUUUAGGAGCACAAAUCUGCAUCUGUGAGUUACUAAAUAUGGGGUCGAGAGCCACUGAUGUUUUGAACCAUUUCUUAGGAAUGAUUAAGAACAAAAGUAAGACUGUGAUUGUCUAGGGAAUGUGAAGAUCGGCAGACGUAGAAGAAUGCUGUGUGAGACUGCAAGCAAUCCUGAGUAGCUAUGAUUGAAGCA